CUUUAUUCGCCGAUAGUACUACUACUAGCAGCUUCGAGCUCGAGGACGUGGUUUUGUGGUCCUGGUCGCUGGAUGUUGAACAAAACCGACAAUUGUGAUUUCCCUUUUUUAACUUGAACCUUUCUCAGACUCACUCCACUUGUCGAUUAUCGUGGUCCCCGAUUGAUACGGAAGAUCCGAUAGUACUUUCUAAUUAUGUGGUGAUUCUGAUUCAUCUUGAACUUGAAGUACAUGUACUACACCGACAACCCCGUCGUGGUCUUUAUGUUGAAUUAUACAAAUGUAAUGCCACUCCGUUGCCUUAGCCUUUCCCCGUUCAAAACUUACUUUUCCCCGAUACUAUGUAGAAGUAGAACUAUGGGCACAAGAACUACCCGCAGCCCAAUGAAUAGUGAAUCGCAGCACCGCUGCUCAUGUAAUUCAGAUUCAGUGUUGUAUUAAAGUAAAAAGUCGAAGAUAGAAUGAACGCCGACCUGGAGCUCUGCCAGGAGCUGCAGGGCCACGAGAAGGCCGUGCGGUGUAUCUGUGUGCUGAAGAACGGUUUCAUUGCGACUGGCGGCGUCGACGCGCUGGUGUGCUUGUUCAAGCCUGUGCUAGGGGAAGAUGGAAAAAGUGUCAAGCACUUCGACCUGGACAAGAGGUAGGAGAAUCGAAUUUAUUGAUGACAAAAACCGCGCAUUCUUGUUGACACCGAGAAAAUUUCUUUUAUCAUACUAAAAUCCAACGAGCUGAAUGGUUGCCGGCUUCACUUCUGGCAGCAGCAUGCUACUGGCAGGUAAGUACUUACUAGUACUAGAAGGUUCAAAAAUAUGUACUACUCAGGCUCCACCACCAUUCCGACUUCGUGUACGCCAUAUGCGACUCGGCCGACAUUAAGGACAAGUAUUUCUACACGGGCGGCAAGGAAAAAACCAUCUUCAAGAUCGACCUCGACUCUGGUAUAACGCGCUCAGCUGUUACAAUCUCAAACGUUACAAUAGAAUAUGGCAAUCUGUCAUGCAAGAGUGCAUGACCUAGCCUACUCCCACAGGAUUGCGCAUGACAAGUUCUGGCGGCCCAAUCCGCACUAUAAUCUGGCGAAAUUUGUAUUGCAAAAGGUGGAACGCUGUGCGAGUCUGUCAUGCUCAUCAUGCGACACAAAUUCCAGAUUCUAUUGUAACGUUUGAGAUUGUAACACCUGAGCAGGUUAUAUCUGGCACCCGCAUGCUGACGUUCCAGGGCCACGAAGGCGCUAUCAAAAAGAAAAAUACCCCCUCCCCAUAUCAAAACGAAAUUUCUGAUGCUGGAUUUGAGUACACAAAUCAGCUUUGUAUUGCAGGAAAGCACUGCGGUCAGAUCCCCAGGCUAGGUAGGGGCGCAUGCGUCUAGUUGUUCAGCAUGGCAAGCGGCUCGCCUUUAGGCCCAACAGCAUGACAAAUCGCUUCCAUAAUGGGGCGGAAGCUUCUGCCCUUGUCUUCUUGCAAAACAACUGUGAUUUGCGACCUCAAAUCAGCAACAGGGCUACGUGCGACCCCUCCGACGCUGCGUGUGGAAGGAGGAAGUUCGGCGUGUUGGGGGUGAGGGACCCCCAACGAGGCCUACGGAUAUCAGGUGGAAUUAAGGCUCAAAUCAGCAACACAAAUUUUCGGAAACAUGCCUUUUCAAUAUGGGGAGGGGGGAUUUUUCCUCUCAAUAGGCGCGGUGUGCAGUUUAGUCGAGCAGCAAGCGCACCUGUAUUCCGGCUCCUGGGACGGGACGUGUCGCGUGUGGGACAUUUUGACGGGCGGCAUGGUCCGGAAAAUCGACGCCGGGACACACGCAGUUACGCUCUGCUUGCUACCUACCGGGGAGAUCGCGACAGGUGAUGUGGUUCUUAGUUGUCUACUACCUGAAACUACAUCUUUGAACGAGCAGGGUCUUUGACGCUUAAACUCUGAAUUGAAAAUUGGGUGGUCCCGCCCAAAAAAGUUGCGCACCACUACGCGAUUUACACGCCUUGUUACCACAUAAUACAGCUUCAGUACGUGAUCUUUUUAGUAUGAUCGUUGUUGAUCAUCAAAGUGAAUUUACUACAUAUAUAUUCAGGUUCCCAGGACGCGAAGAUAAAGAUAUUCCAAAAUGGCGCGGACCAGCCCAAGACCACGCUGGAGGGGCACACGGACAUCGUGCGCAGAAUAUUGUUCAACACCGACUCCACCUCCCUGGUCUCCUGCAGCAACGAUUCCCAGAUAAAGUUUUGGACGUUGGAUGGGCUGGAGAUGGCCCAGUUGAGCGGGCACGAGAGCUUCAUUUUCGACCUCGCGCUUUCGGAAAAUACCGCGACAACGGAGCGGAACAAGUUACUCUACAGCGGCAGUGACGACAGGCUGCUAAAGGUGUGGAAUUUGGACAACUCUCAGUGCCUGCAGUCCAUCCUGCACUCCAACACGAUCUGGGGCGUGUCCACGCUCCCGAACGGCGAUGUGGUCACCGCCUGCGCGGACGGCAUCGUCCGGAUAUGGACCACGGACCCGGUGCGAUUCGCAUCGGACGACUUGAGGUCGAGGCAAAAUAGCGACGCGGUGUCGGCCGCCGCGGAAGCAAGUAAGCAGGGCGCCGGGGUACCGCUGGACGGGGUGCAGGAUGUGUCGGAAAUGGGCAGUGUGAGAGGGAAGAAAAACGUACUAACUUUUUUGGCAUGAUUGGUAGAUUCCAAAUGAAGGAAAAUGUAAAUGCCGACGAUAAGAACUCCAGUAUACAGAAGCGGCGAUACUUUUUUCAAAACCACUACAAGUACUUACUACUUACUACAUCAGGGCGAGAUCAAGAUGUUUAAGACCGGGCGGACCAUCCACGCGUACAGCUGGAACGGUGUUCAGUGGGACUUAAUCGGCGAGGUCACCGGAAAGCCCAAAACGGAGUACGAAGGCGACCAAUUCUUCCCCAAGCAAGGCUACGACUACGUCUUUGACGUUGAGGUGGGCGAGGGCGGGAAAACUGCCAAACUUCCCUACAAUGAGGGUGAUAACCAGUUAGUCACCGCCGAGAAGUUUUGCGCCAGGGAGAACAUUCACAAGUCCAUGAUAGAACAGAUCACCGCCUUCUUGCGUCAACAAACCGGCACAAACAGUUCCGCCCCAACCCUUGGAGGCGCUGCGGGUGCGAGCGCGGCCGGAGGCUCAAAUAGUAGGAGUCAACCAAGCAGUAGACCCGCAGCACCUACGUCGGCACCGACCCCGUCGGCAAGUAGUUCGGGAAAGCCGAAAAUGAAGCACUUUCCCGUGGACCAGCCGCUUUUCUUUGACCAGGGGAAGUACUACUGAAUUGUUCUACUAGCUAGGCUGAUGCAUCCUAUUUCAACUUUGUUUUGUACGAAGAGCAUGCGCGAGAAGUAUACUUACCCUUCUCCUCCAAAAAUGUAAAAAUGUUUUUGUCAACUCCUUCUCCGUCAUGUACUUUCACUUUGGUCAAAUUACGCACAUAAUUUUUACCCUUCACACGACCACAGGUUAGACGCCGCCAAGGGCAAGAUCCUCGAGUUUAACGGCGAGUUCGCAGAAGACGACACGGAAAAGCGCAUGGACUCGAUCGAGCUCGACCACUUCAACGAGGGCAUGGGAAAAGUGCAGAACAAGUCCAAGUCCUUUCGCCCCGUGGAACGGGAUUUAAUCUGGAAGAAGUGCGGCAGCUGGCCCGAGGAGAAACUCUUUCCGGUCGUGGACGUUUGGCGCCUGUAUAUGAAUUGCAAAAGCAUCGUACUAGUAUAGAAAUUGCAUUACAAAUUAGCCCAGCAUGAGAAAUAAAAUUUGUCAUGCGGAUCGGCCUUGAGAAAAAAAUUUGUAAUGCAUGACUGCAAUUACUACGAGUGCGAUACUUUUGUACAGGAUACUGUACCUCCUCCACCCGGACUCAGCCGACAUCUUCAAGGGCACCGACCGCGGCUACAGCUACAUCGCAUUCAUUCUGAAAACGCUGAAAACGAACUUGAAAUCCCCUCUGGGCAUCAGCUGCGCGCGGUGGCUGGCGAACGUGUUUGCGAGUUUCACGGCAAGGGCGGUGCUGUUCGACAAACGAGGGUAUUUGCUGGAAGCGAUUGGGGAGCUGAUAGCGAGUUCCUCAUAUCCAACGCAAAAGUGAAUUUAGAAAUAUCGGACUCGUACAUAGUACAACCUCGACUUGCAGUCUGGCAUGAGGACAAUAAAACUUGAGUUGCCGACGUCUUCAACUGCAUCUGCAUGGCAGGAGAGUCCACAUCAUCAUCUCUUCCUUAUAUUAUAGAAAAGUUUCUCGUCAACAUUUAAUUUCUUGUAGCGAAUUCGUGCGACUUGAUACUACUUUUGCGAUGCAUAUCUCAGGAGACAAAGUCGAUUGGCAUAAGUUAGUCCGCGUGAGCCUCGCGACGACCCUGAUGAACCUGACGAUGGUGUUUGCGGACCGAAAAGAGCUAAAGGGAAGGUCAGAAAUGCUGGAUUUGCUGAAACUAUAUGCGGGCAAAGUUCUGCAAAACGGAACGGUGGCGGAGGACUUCGAAGCGCUAUAUAGGGUAUCGUACACUAUGCGCACCAUAGUGAUACCUCCACUUGUUUUUUUAUCUGUAGUAAGAUGUUGUUGUCCGUCGUUGUACUCCUGCUGUUGCAUGUGAAAAAGAUGCCAAGCUGCACAGCAUUCUUCUCGUCCUCACCUACAGGUUCUGGUCGGGAUGGGAAACGUGCUCUACGACUCCAGUGUCUCGCUGAAAUACGAUUUCCAAACUAAACUCGCCGCAAGCCUGCAGGAAAUCAGUGGCAAAGUGACAGAGCCCAGGAUAAAGGAGAUCUGCGCGGAACUGCUGCAGGUCGGGCCCAGCGUACAGGGGGACGAUAACGGAAAAAUCCAGAUCUAG